AUGAGAGUUUCCUGCAUCGAACUCGUCCAAACUAAAGACCCCACCAUGAUAGCAGCUCAAAUGUGUGUCACGUUUGUUCUCCUGUCCUUGACUUUAGCGGAGGAAGUGAAAUUAAAGUAUAAACCGGCGAGAAAACCUGUCCGCCUGUUCACAGACGAGGAACUGAGGAGAUACGACGGUAGUGAGGUAAACAUGAGGACUUAAUGUCAGCUCAGGGUGUGUGUUUGUUUGUGUGUGUGUGUUUGUCUAUUUCCAUCCACAGAUGAUUUGAUAACAGUUUAAUCUCCAUUUAACUUCCUUGUGUUAAAGGAGGAACUACCCAUCUACAUGGCAGUAAAAGGAGUGGUAUUUGAUGUCUCCAAGGGCAAAGGUGAGUCAAACCCAACCUCUGAAAUUAGCCUUCAAUAUACAAGAUUUGCAAACAAAGUAGCAUAAAAGUAAAAUUAACACUCUAUGGGAAGCUUUCCAGUCCAUCUCUAGAACUAGACUGGAUUUAAACUGACUCCUUAUCUCAUAAAUCACAGAGUUUUAUGGCAAAGAUGCUCCAUACAACGCCCUGGUUGGUAGGGACUCAACCCGAGCUGUUGCCAAGAUGUCCCUGGACCCUGCUGACCUGACAUCAGAUAUUGUAAGUCUGCUGUGUUAUCAACAUUCACAGUCAUGCUUUUUGCACACACACCCACCCACCAGUUAAGACCGCAAAUGUAUUUGUCAUGGUGAAGUCCCGUGAGAGGAGAGCGUACUCACAUCUGAUACCUGAGUCUCUGACAAAACAGCCUUACAUUUAAAAGCUUCAUAAUAAGACUGAAACCAAACAGAUACGUCUGAAUGCUGUGUGACAAACUGAUGCUGGAACAAGAUCAGUCAUGCAAGUCUGGAAACACAGUGAGGAAGACUGGUAUAUUGACGCCCCUUGUUAAUGCAUUUUCAUGCUUAUUAGGUCAGAAUGUCCCAAAAAAGUUCAUUUUUCCCCUCAUACUCGAAUUAAAAAAGUGAAAGUCCCAUAUAUACUAAUCAAGGUCCCUGAGUCUGGAGUAAAAUCGGAGAGGCCCUGACAACUGCCUACAAAUUCAAAUUCCAAUUCAACUUAAUUUUUAUGGUACUUUUCAGACAAAAAAUGCAGUUCAAAGUGAACAAACAACGAUUAACAACAGUAAAACCCAACCCUUCCACCCAUGGACCCACACACACACACCCACCCUCACUCACUCACACAUACACACAGUGUAAGAAUUUAAGAUAUAUUGUUAAAGAGACAUGGUCUGACACUGAGACAUUACGUGAGGAAAGAGCGACCUUUAGGAAACACUGGAGAUAAAAGAUAAAAAAUAAAAUAAAAUAGAAAUGGUAAAAAGUAAAACCCGAUGGACUAAAACAAGAAAAUAAUAUUAAAUGAACAGAUAAGUAAAAGCUCUUUACCGUGUAAAAGGGGUAACAGAAAUAAAAACUUCUAAGACGGGAAUUAAGAAAAAGACUAAAAACAGAGAUAGUUAAUAAAAUGACAUAAAAUAAACAUUAAGAACUUUGAUUAAAAUGAACAUUUGCAAUAAGAGUAUUAUAAAAAGACAAUUAGUGAAAAGGUUAAAAAGGUAAGACUUGAGCCUCUUCUUAAAAACAUGUGGCUCAAGCACCAAAACUACCAGAAACUGGUUUACUGUCCAUGGGAUUAAUGUGCCUGAUUGGUCAGCCAACUCCAGCACCAGCAGUACCACAGACUGGUUGACUACAUUCAUUUUAUAAAUCCUCUUUUUUGGACUGGUGUUUUGUGAUAUUCUUAUGUUUUAAGAUAGUGGACGUUUUAUUUUUGUGACCUUUAAGCCAAAAUCAUCAAGAUUCAAACAAAAAAUGUCUUGAAAUGUUUUCACUUUGUUUGUGAUGAACCUAGAAUAAAUGGAAGCUUUACUUUUACAAUUCAAUUACAGGAAAAAACAGCUUUUUUGGAAUUCUUUUGAGCUUUACCUGUUUAUCAUUGAGGAAAUUAACCUUUCUCAGUGCUGGUUUGAUUGAAUUUGACCAGCAGAGGGAGGUGUUGUAAAGUCUUGGAAAUCAGUCACAGACAGUUACUCUCUAACUAAACAACUAUCACCACUAUAAGCUGAGCUUCACCUCUGUCUGGAGAUCUGGUAGGAUGCCAAUUACAGAUGGUACUAUAAGGAGCUACACGUCUGCAUAAAAUCUACAUGUUGCUGAACACAAUAUUAGUCUUAAAGCAGGAACACAGUCUAAAAUACUCUAUAAACCAGUGUGACUUAUGAGGUGGUGAUUUACAAUCUGUAGAAAAUAGAGAAGUGAGCUACAGAGAACAAACCCUUUUUUUUCUCUCAGGCUGUAAACAUGUUCAAUUCUCCUGUAAAGAUGGAUAUUUUCAAUAAAGACCUAAAUGAGAAUUGUCUCAUAUUUCAAAUCCAGAAACUGCAGUUUAUGACUUUUUCAUGCAGGCAUAUUUGUUACUAAACCUUAGAAAUGAAGGUUUUAUGUUUUACUUACUUCCCCGCUUAUUUGUAAGCUUUGUCUCAAUACCUCAACUCCUCAUUUAUUUCCAUGUUUCCAUCCACAGACGGGACUCACUAAGGAGGAGCUGGACUCUCUGGAAACUGUUUUCAAAGACACGUACAAAAAGAAAUACCCCAUCGUGGGUUACACAGCAUCUCGCAUCCUCUCGGCAGACGGAAGUCCGAAUCAAGACUUCAAACCAGAAGACCAGCCUCACUUUCAAAUCAAGGAUGAGUUUUAA